UGACGCCUUGCGAGUAGGAAAAUUGCCUUGCGCAUAACGCGGCUGAUUCUUGCAUUGCAAAGUACCGGCGCGGUAUGGCAAGAAACCUGCGCGUUAUGCGCUUAGAGAGAGCGUGAUUAACAUCUUUUAAGGUCUGCCAACUUUAUUUUGAGUUUGUCUCGCUGAUCUUUUUGUGGCAUCCGCCUAUCGUAACUAGCGUAUCAACGCUGAUAUGGCUGACACUGUCGCUAUUUGGGAAGUUCCGUUCAGUGACAAGAUACACAAGAUCGAAUUCGAACACGGAACGACCACCGGAAAAAGAGUGAUCAGAGUUGACGGAAAGGAGGUGGUGCGACGAGACUGGAUGUUCAAGCUUGUCGGCUCGGAGCUCUUUGAGGUGGGCAGGGCGAAGUGCAUGGUCGUGAUCAAAGCGUUGAGCGGCUUCACGUACCAGUAUUCGCUCAUCGUGGACGGCAAGCAACUCGACAAAUUUAGAGAGAGGCAGUCGAAAAUACUCAACACGUGGAUUGUGAACCUACUCGAACAACCAACAAGGGUAGUACUAGCUCCUUCCGUUUGCAGAGAAGGACACUCUGGACGUAUACGUAAAUGGAGAAAAAGUCGAUGUUGUGCCAGAAUUUGUAGACGGAGGAACCGAGACCCAUUUCCAAGUGGGGCCCUACCAGGCUUACAUCACUGCGGCGAGCAGCGGAAGCAAAAAAGAAGGGAUUCGGCACACGCUGAUUGUGGAAGGACACGAGAUACCGAGCUGUACCGAGUGAGCCGCACCUGGCAUUUUGGCAAAGCACAGGUCAAGUGAGACCAACCGCGUGGGUCCUGUGACUGCCCCUCAUUCGUUAUUGUUGGCUAGCACUGUUUAACUGCCAAUACAACAGGCAAAUGCAUGGGCACACGGUGCAAUUUUGUUACUGUUCAGAAGAGCAGGCAUUGUGCCUCACCUGUGCCAUCAAAGUAGGAAUUCAACUGUGAUGAGUACAAGGCACAUUUAGGAAGCUGGUAAUGUUACAAGUAGUGUUAUUGCUUUAUUGUGACAAAACUGGCAACGAGAGCUUUGAAUAACGAAAGGUUUCCUGUAAGAACUGCAGAACAAAGACGUAAGUAGCACUAAACCAGAAAACUGAACUGAAUGAACACAUAGCAUGAGUGCUAUAUGCAUGUAUAGUGCAAUAUACAUGGCAUUUGAGGAUAAUACACUGUAGACUCAAACUGUUGCACUUUCAUUUAAUUGCAAUAGAUAAUUAAGUAUUAUUAGCUUCACUUUUUUGAUGGCUUACAGUUCAAUUAUUUACCAGACAAGUGUCGCUGCAAAACUCCUCUUUAAUUGUUAAUUCAAUUGAAAAAUGAUAGCACACAUGUUAAUCAAGCCGUUAAAUGAGUAAAUAGAAAUAGCUGUAUAAAAAAUUGCUGCAUUGGCUAUGAACCGGAAAAAUGGCACAUUUUAAAAAAAAACUGCCAGGCCUACGCUUUGGGUAACUAUUACAAGCACACUUGCUGGGUACCCACUAUGCCAUCAAUAGUCAUAAUUUUUGUGUAGUAGGCUGGCAUUUACCAUGCUAUCCUUUGUCAAUCUUUGAAGAAGCGUGGUAUUCCCUACACACGUGCAAGGACUUUCGUGGGAAUUUUUCAUGCAGUGGCUGACGACGAAUUAAUCCUGAAGUGGGUAUGCACCACCAGCAAUAGGUGAUCAUAAACAAGCUUUUUGUAAAUGGCCUGGAGCAUCAGACGACCCACUCGUUAUGCAAUUUUAUUGUGUGACACCUGGUUGUUCCUUCAGUUUUUGCUUCAUUACUUGUAUUAGUACUAUUCCUUUGCCAACAUCAAGCCUGCCCAAGGCCAGUUAAGAAACGAGUU